CUAUUAUGUCUGGAAUGGCUCGUCUGACUGUUGAUGUCUUUCGCUAGUCAACCUCCAUUCGGCCUUCGAAUCUGCCGCCAUUCUGGGAUUGGAAUCUUUCUUAGAGAAUGGCCUCCACUAUUCCCACCGGCGACACAGACGUCCCGGCGUAUCGCCCACGGAACUAUCAACGGGAGAUGUUCGAGGCUAGUUUGAAGGGCAACAUCAUCGUUGCGAUGGAUACAGGGAGUGGUAAAACGCACAUGUAUGCUUUCCCACUGCUAGCAUUUCUGGUCCAUAUUGCAUCCACUGCAAGAGGUAUUCUAACUGGCGAUUUAACUCACAGAGCCUUGUUACGAAUCAUCCAUGAGCUGGAGAAUUCUGAUGGAAAACAACUGAUCUGGUUUCUGGCGCCAACCGUCGCGCUGUGUAUUCAGCAGCAUGAAGUCAUCUCCAAGCAUAUCCCAGCCGCAAGAUCUCGGACCCUUACUGGACUGGACAAGGUUGAGUUGUGGACAGAGCAGCCGGUUUGGGAUGCUGUAUUGAAGGACAUUCAGGUGGUGAUCUCAACGCAUGCUGUUCUUGCGGAUGCCAUGACCCAUGGAUUCAUUAAGGUUUCGCAGCUGGGCCUCAUUAUAUUUGAUGAAGCCCAUCAUUGUAUGCGAAAGCAUCCUGCCAAUAAGAUCAUGAGGGACUUCUAUCAUCCUGCUAUGGCAAAAUAUGGUCCUGAUGCGGUUCCACGGAUUAUGGGAUUAACGGCGAGUCCGGUCGUGCGGUCCAGUCGCCACGAGUUACUGACGAUCGAGUCUAAUCUUGCUUCGAAAUGCGUGACUCCUCGAGUCCACCGUCAUGAACUGUUGGAGCAUACCCAUAGACCUGAAUUACAGCGCAUAUUGUUUUCACCGGUCACGACGGAGGACGUUGUGCAUGGGAGCGAAACAUUACGAGCUCUUAUCCGUUCUUGGCAAAUGUUAGACAUUGAAAAGGAUCCGUAUGUCAAACGACUACGGGAAAGCUCUGUGGAUGGAAAGGCGCUCCAGAAAGUACUUUCAACGGGCAAGACUUAUUGCGGGGAGCAGCUGAAAAGGCUUGCUGACCGGGCCCGUCAUAUCUUUGAGGAGCUCGGUGAGUGGGCGGCAGAUUAUUUUAUUUGGGAAUCUAUUGAGCAACUCAGAGCCAAGACUCAUGACAAGUCUGUGAUGAUGGACUGGGAUGACGAGGAGAAACAGUAUCUCAUAGAGAUCCUGUCUCAGCUGCCUGUUCCCGGCAUCGACCUCCACUCCAGUGAUCCAGAUGAUUUUCCUAUUUCCCCCAAGUUCGCAGCUUUGAUAUCGUUCCUGAGCAAUAUCAACGAAAAUGAAUUUUCAGGGUUGAUCUUUGCACAGCAAAGAGCAACAGUCGGAGUCAUGGCACAGCUCCUAUCGGUUCACCCGUCCACCAGAGACCGUUUUCGAACCGCUGGAUACGUUGGCUGGUCUAGUGGCAGCAGUCGAAAAGAUGCACUAGGCGAGCUUUUGACAAUGAAAAUGCAGCGCGAUACGCUAGAUGAUUUCCGUGGUGGUCGGAAGAAUUUGAUCGUCGCGACAGACGUCCUGGAGGAAGGAAUCGACGUAAGUGCUUGCAGCAUGGUGGUUUGCUAUAACAAGCCGCCAAACUUGAAGUCGUUUGUUCAGCGACGAGGGCGUGCACGGCGACAACAGUCAACAUAUGCAAUAUUAGUCUCAACCGAUGAGGAUUCUCUCGAUCUGCACAAGUGGCAAGAUUUAGAGAAGGCCAUGGUAGAGGCGUACCAAGAUGACCAACGCAUUUUGCAGGAGUUAUGGGCUCUUGAGGAAACAGAUGAAGAAGUCUGUGAGAGAUUUCUCGUCGAGUCUACGGGAGCUGUUUUGACGUCAGAUAACGCUACGCAACAUCUCUACCAUUUUUGCUCAGUCCUUCCUGUCCAACCGUAUGGAGAUAAUAGGCCCGAGUUUUCUUUUGAGAGCAAUGACAAUGGCCUCUUAAAAGGGAAAGUAACGCUACCGAGCUGCGUUCAUCCUACAGUUCGCUGUACUGAAGGCAAAACGUGGUUUUUGACCGAGCGCGCUGCAAGGAAAGAUGCGGCUUUUCAGUCCUACAAGUCUCUUUACGAAUCCGGGCUUGUGAACGAUCACCUUUUGCCACUAACGAAGAGCAGAGAAUUUACCCAGAAAGAUCUCUGCAAUCUUCCCUCGAUGGUGGAGGUUGCACAACAAUAUGACCCUUGGGUGGAUUGGGCGUAUUCUUGGUCAUCGCCUCAUAUACACCAAAGUCGCAUUGUUGUGCGACAAAACGGGGUCAAAGAUAAUGCUUAUAUGAGAUUGAUUUGCCCUACUAUACCUCCAUUAAUAGGGCCGAUGACUCUCUUUUGGGAUAGUGAGACAACCUUUUCGCUGGAGUUUGAAACUCCUGAACGUAUUCCCAGUAUGUCCGCAGAGAGUUUGGAAAAUAUGAGGGUUAUCACCGCUCUUUACCUCCAGGCAACGACUACUAAGCGCUUGGGUACUGAGACGGAUUUUAUUACGCUGUUCAGUCCGGAUGUGCCCCAGCCUGAGCUGGUAACCUGGCUCGAUAGGAAUAACGGGUGCGAGGCUGCACUGGACGUAUACUCCAGCGCGAGAAGCCGUGAUCUUAUGGGAAUCGUGCGGGACCGCUCGCGUUACGAUGAAUUGUUACUAUUCAGGAGCUGGAUUGUAUCUGACGCCAACUCCUCUUCAGGGCUUGAACUGGAAUGCGACUCGUUCCCAAAGCGAAGAAACCUUCUGCAGCAGCAAACCCUAGCCGUAAAACGGUCCGAGGUUAGUGACGACAAAGUGCCUGAGCCACCCACGAAGAAGCGCAUUAUUUCUGCGGACCGAUGCACAAUUGACAAGCUGCCCACUACGGAGACUAUAUUUGGACGAUUUAUUUCCGUUAUUGUCGAUAGAUUGGAGGUUGCGUUGGUUGCAGCCAAAUUAUGUGAAACGACUUUACAAGGUAUUGGAUUUAGCGAUUUUCAACAUGUUGUUACGGCAAUUACUACACCCUCUUGCCAGGCCCCGACCAACUACCAGCGCUACGAGUUCUUUGGGGACUCGGUUCUCAAGUUUACAGUUUCAUAUUCCCUCUUUUACCACCACCCUAACUGGCACGAAGGAUACCUAUCUGAGGGCCGGGAUGGAAUCGUGCAGAAUCCUCGUCUGGCACGAGCUGCACUCGACCGCGGCCUUGACGCCUUCGUUAUUAGUAGGAUGUUCACACCUCGCAAGUGGUCAGCGCCCCUGAUCUCCGACAAACUCAGCAGCACCUCAACCCCGCGAACCAUGUCCACCAAAGUCCUCGCCGACGUCGUCGAAGCCCUAAUCGGAGCAGCAUACAUAGACGGCGGCCACGCAAAGGCACAGGCCUGCAUCAGUCGAUUCCUCCCCGAAGUCCAAAUCUACAAACUAGAUACCCCCGUGGUCCAGGACCCUCCCCCUGAACUGCAGGCUCAACCUCACCUCCACCACAUCCAACACAAGACCCUCGAGGCCAACCUCGGCUACACCUUCACCAACAAACUCCUCCUGGUCGAAGCCCUCACCCACCCUUCCUGCCAAUCCGAAUCCUCAACGCAAUCCUACCAACGCCUCGAAUUCCUCGGCGACGCCGUCCUCGACAUGGCCAUCGUCUCCACCCUUCUCGCCCACAAAACCGAAAUCCCCCAAGGCGACAUGACCCGCAUCAAGCACGCCGUCGUAAACGCAAACCUCCUCGCCUUCCUCUGCAUGGAAUACGCCUGGACCGAAGUAACCUCCGACGUAUCAGUAUGCUCCACCACGGGUGAAAUCAACCUCACCUCGAAAGAAAACUCGUUGCACCUGUGGCACUUCCUGCGCUGCGACGGAAGCAUGGAUUUGAAAAACGCGCGCGAAAGAGCCGUUGCGCGACACUCUCUGCUCCGCACAGAGAUUCUUGCCCGCAUGGCCCAUGGCGAUCAAUACCCCUGGCUGCUGCUUUCGCAGCUGAACCCGGAUAAGUUCUUCUCGGAUAUCAUCGAGAGUGUCCUUGGUGCGCUGUUUGUUGAUUCCGCGGGGGAUUUGGCCGUUUGCGAGAACUUCCUCGAGCGCAUUGGACUACUCACUUAUCUGAGACGUAUCCUUACGGGGGACGUUAGCGUCGUUCAUCCUAGAAAUGUGGCGCAGCAGGUCGCGAAGGAUAAUCUUAGGUUUGUGGUGAAGAGGAUCCAGGAUGAGAUCGCGAUUGGUGGCAGUGCCGACAAUGGUACUGUCCAUGUCCAUAGCCAAGGCCAAGGCCAACGCCUCGGGGCAACGUACCAAGCCACAGUUGAGAUGGGUCAACUUGGUCUCCCAGAUAUCUUUGUCGAAGGGUGUUUGAGUAGUGAGGAGGCAGAGAUUCAGGCUGCAAGUGCGGCGGUGGAAGUCUUGAGAGCGAGAGCUGUGAGUUCGGUUUAAAUUUGCUUGAUCUUUUCUUUCGUUUCUUUUUCUUCCUCUUCCUCUUUUUUUUUUUUUUUUUUUUUUUUUU